UAUUUGAAGAUUGUUAUGUUCCCCCUCAGUCUUCUCUUCUCUGGGCUAAACACGCCCAGUUCUUUCAACUUUUCCUCCCUCUGUCAAAGGGCAGCACAAGCAGGGGCUCUCCUGAAGGGAGCUGGUGACAGGCUUUACAAAUGCAUAACCCUCUUCUGAUGCUAACAGGGGAGCGAAGGUGCACCGGAGUUUAGAUUCUGCAUGUCUCUGUUACAGCCAGGAAGCGGGAGGGUUUUGUUGUUACUUUGUUUAGAUCGGCACCUUGGGACAAAACCUUUCACAGGAAACGAGGACGAAGCAGAGGGAGAGCAGGCCCAUUUAUAGCAAGCGGAUCUGGCUGCCUGAGCCCCGCCCCAUUUCUGAGCACCAAUCGCUUCUCAGGGCAAAGAGCUGCUCCCCUAGCUCUGGUCCUGCCCCCUGGCAGUUUUGCUCAGCUGCUGAGGAGGCAGGAUGGGGAAGACGGUGAGGGAUCACCUCGUGGACACCCUAGAAGAGCUGACACAGGACGGGUUUAAGAGGUUCAAGACCAAGCUGAACGUGUUCCCUGUGAAGGCGGGUUAUAGCAACAUCCCCCGGGGCCAGCUGGAAAAAGCUGAUGUCCUGGAUGUGUGCGACAAGCUGAUCAGCUUCUAUCUGGAGAAGUAUGCGGUGGAGGUGACCGUGGAGGUCCUGACAGCUAUCAAUGAAAGGGAGCUGGCAGACAGACUCCGCAAGGCGACAGGAACUGGUUCCAGUGGCGAGGGGCAGCAGCCAGGGCCAUCCGACGGUGCCACAGGAAAAGAAGAGGCGCAUUUUGUCGAUCGAUACCGAGUGCAGCUGAUUGAACGUACCGCCCCUGUGGAGCCCAUCCUGGACCUUCUUCAUGGGGAUAUUCUGGACGAGGAGCAGUACCAGACCAUUCGAUCUGGGAACACCAACCAGGAGAAAAUGCGGAAGCUGUAUCUACUAAUGCCAAGCUGGAAUAAAAAGUGCAAGGACCGGCUCUAUGAGGCACUGAAAGCCAAGAAUAAGUUCCUCAUUGAAGACCUUGAGGGAAAUUAAGACAAUCAAGAAGUUACGUUCCUUGUGAACGUGCAGCCAUUCCAGGUGCAUGCAACCCUAGCUCCAGAUUCCACGUGGCUUUCUGGGCAGGAUGGUGCUUUCAUCCCUUUGCUAACAUUGUUUCAGGUAAAAAACCUCUUUCCAGCGCUCCCUUUGGUGGAAUGGGUGAGCCUGUGAUGUGAUGCAGCAGGGAGGAGGUCGCUAAGGACUGUCUACACUGCAACUAAACACCGCUGCGGCUGGCCCGUGUCAGCUGACGCAGACUCACGAGGCUCAGGCGAAGGAGUGGUUUAAUUGCAGCGUAGAUGUGCGGGCUUGGGCUGGAGCCUGGGCUCUGGGACCCUCCCUCCUCAUGGGGUCCCAGAACUCAGACUCCAACCUGAGCCCCAACAUUUACAAACAAUUAGACAGCCCCUGAGCCCAAAUCAGCUGACAUGGGCCAACCGCGAGUUUAAUUGCAGUGUAGACAUCCGUUAUUGGCUUUAGGGUAAGUACAUGAUGGAUGGGAUACCAGUAAGAGAAUGGAGCAGAGCUCUAAGGUGCUUAAAGGCUGCACAGGGAUUGCUUACCAGGGUCUGAAAUGGGGGGGACCACUCAGCAGCUCUGCACAGGGAUCACUCACCCAAUGCUGAAACGCAUCCACCUCUGGGGUGCAGCAUGGCAGCGGAUUAACAAAUGCACAGCAAUGCCGUACAGGGAUCACUCAUCUAUGCCUGAAAUGCAGCUGCCUCUGGGGGUGGGUUAUAUGCCCUGGGUUUUAUGAGACCAUGACACCGUAGUGAAACCAACAUCUUACAACAAAUGGUGUGAGGCUAGGUGGACAAUGGGGAGUUGUACUCUAGCAUGGUGGGGCACAAACUGCGGGGCACACCUCCCUAGGGGGGGCACGGAGGAACAUGCGGGCAGAUGAGUAGCGACACUGGGUGGCUUCUGUCGCCUCCAUCCCUGAAUCAUCUCAGCAGGCCGCCCAGCCUGGGGUCAGUGUGCUGCACCAAUUUCCACCCCCAGCAGCCUCCGCCCCCAGCACUGGUUCCGCUGCAGACACCUUCCCCAACACUGGGCCCUGCCCUACCAGGGCAGCCUGGUUGCAACGUAGAAGCAGCCCGCGGCUGAGGAAGCUGCGCACCACUGCUCUAGUAUCUAGAACUCCUGGAACUCCCACCAGCGUCCCAGCCAUCAUGCACGGCCACACGUUCCUUUAGCGCCCACCCCGGCAUCUCACCACAGACACUUCGGCUGUGGCUACACGACAGAGCCUGCAGCUGCGCCGCUGUAGCACUGCUAGUGUAGACGCUGUAAGUGGACAGGAGUUAGCGGCAGUAGCUUCUCCUGCCGCCAUAGCGCUGUCCACAUCGGCACUUAGGUCAGUGUAACUUACAUCACUCAGGGAGGUGGUUUAUUCAUACCCCUGAGCGACAGAACUUAUACCAAUGUAAGCUGCGGUGCGUACAGAACAUCUGUCUUUUUCCAUAAAAAGAUCUCAUUCAAGUACACCUCUACCCCGAUAUAACGCUGUCCUCGGGAGCCAAAAAAAUCUUACCACGUUAUAGAUGAAACCGCGUUAUGUCGAACUUGCUUUGAUCUGCCGGAGUGCGCAGCCGCCCCCCCCGGAGCACUGCUUUACUGCGUUAUAUUUGAAUUUGUGUUCUAUCGGGUCGUGUUAUAUCGGGGUAGAGGUGUAUCUGCCUAAAGGAUCGCUGUGCUGGACCAAAUUCAACCUCAGAAUUCCUGCCAAGGCUCUGACUUCAUCUUACAACCUUCCUCACCAGCUGCCAAGAACUCAGGGGCCUGUUUUCUUGGUGAGGUGGUUUUGCUUUUGUUUGGGAAGGGGGGUUAGAAUCAUAGGACUGGAAGGGACCCCGAGAGGUCAUCUACUGCACACAUGGCAGGACUAAGUAUUAUCUAGACCUUCCCUGGCAGCUGUUUGCCCAACCUGCUCUUAAAAGUCUAUUAUGGAGAUUCCACAACCUCUCUAGGUAAUUUAUUCCAGUGCUUAACUACCCUGACAGUUAAGCAAUUUUUCCUAAUGUCCAACCUAAACCUCCCUUGCUGCAAUUUAAGUCCAUUGCCUCUUGUCAUAGCCUCAAAAGGUUAAGGAGAAUAAUUUUUCGCCCUCCUCCUUGUAACAUGGUUAAAGGUGAUUUUGCCCAAACUAUAUAUAUAUAUAUAUAUAUACACACACACACACACACACAUAUAUAAAUUUGUAUUUUGUUAUAAAAUGGAAAACCAGAAACUCUGUCCAUAAAUAAAGCUAGAAGUGCCUCCCAGAUGA